UGGCUGGAUGAGGUGGAGUGUGAGGGGAAUGAGACAUCCCUGUGGAGCUGCUCUUCUCCAGGCUGGGGAAAACAUGACUGUCAACACAAGGAGGAUGUAGGAGUCGUGUGCUCAGAGUUUAAAGAGAUCAGGUUAACUGAGGGCUGUGAAGGGAAUAUGGAGGUUUUCUACAAUGGAUCCUGGGGUAAUGUGUGCUGGAACCAGAUGGACAGAGACACAGUGACUCUGAUCUGUCAAGAGCUGAACUGUGGAAGAUCUGGCAAUGAGCCCAAUUAUUCAAAAGGACCAAAGUCUCAUAAUUGGCUCGAUUAUUUUAAAUGUCGACGUCAUGAUUCCACUCUAUGGCAGUGUCCAUCUUCACCCUGGGGACAGAAUGACUGUGAUAAUGAAGUGGCCAAUAUCACCUGCUCAAAGGAUCAGGCUCUUGAGUCUCCUCAGAGUUAUCUGACAUGUUUUACCUCACCAUCUCCUCACCAGAGACAGUGUUCAAAUCAUGUUCCUCUCAGACUGAGUGAAGGGGAGGGCCGGUGCUCUGGGAGGCUGGAGGUGUAUCAUAACGCUGUGUGGGGCUCAGUCUGUGAUGAUCUGUGGGACAUCAGCGAUGCUCAGGUGGUCUGCAGGCAGCUGGGUUGUGGAGCAGCACUGAGGGCUGAUGGGAAUUCAGCCUUUGGUGCUGGCGAAGGUGUUGUGUGGCUGAACAGAGUCGAGUGCAGAGGGAAUGAGAUUCACCUGUGGGACUGUCCUCUCUCCCUGAAGAACCACACUGACUGCUCCCACAAAGAGCACGCUGGACUCACCUGUGCAGAUUUGUCAGUGUCCACUACUCCUGCCACAACAACAUCAUCUUCUCCUCCAGUUUCUCAGACAGUGAGCUCAACAUCAGUCUCUCGUCCACAAACUCCUCCAGCAGCGUCUCUCUCUGUGCUUGUGAUUGUACUGGGAGUUGUGCUCUUACUGCUCUUAGUGCCACUGCUUAUACUGAUUCAGCAGAACAGAGUGAUGAGGAGAGGUAGGAGAGAUCCAGAGACUGUCAUAUUGUGUCUUAUUCAGUGUGUGAUCAGUCAUGUGUUGUGAACUGACAGCAGGUUUGUCUGUCUACACUCACAGCUCUCUCUAAGAAGACUGAGGCUGUUUAUGAGGAGAUCCAUUACAGGCCCACUAAUCGACAACGUCUCUUCACUCAGAGGGGUGAGGCUGCUGAAAUGAUUAAUAAUAAUGACAAAACAU